GAAACAACAGGAUUUGUGUCGUGUUCGCCGAGUCCCUGCAAAAAUGGCGGCACCUGUAUAUCGUCGCCGACGCUGAAAGGAGAAAGUUUCUGCAAUUGCACGUCGAAGUACGUCGGAGAAUACUGCCAGCACCUUAACCCGUGCCACACGGGGAAGGGGCCGGGACCGCGGUGCCAGAACGGGGGCUCGUGCCAGGUCCGGAUCGGCUCCGGGGGCGUUCCCAGUUUCGAGUGCCUUUGUCCGUUGGGGUUUAGCGCGUCGCUAUGCGAGAUACCGAUAGCCAACUCGUGCGAUCGCCGCCCCUGCCUCAACGGCGGUACUUGUACCCUGAGGUCGCUCGACUCGUACCAGUGCUCGUGCGCGCCAGGAUAUACGGGUAAACACUGCGAGAAGCAGGACCACUGCGCCUCUCAGCCGUGCAGGAACGGCGCGGUGUGCGUAUCGGUCGGCGACUCGUACCAGUGCACUUGCGCGCCUGGUUUCGCUGGAGCCGCUUGCAAGGAGGACAAGGACGAGUGCAAGCAGAAACCCUGCAAGCACGGCAAGUGCCACAACACCCACGGGAGCUACACAUGUACCUGCAACGAAGGAUAUACGGGUCAAAACUGCGAGAGCGAGUAUAUACCGUGCGAUCCCAGUCCCUGUAGCAACGAGGGACUGUGUCGGCCAGGCGAAAAGCACACCUACACUUGCGACUGUCCCUCAGGUUUUAGGGGGCCCAACUGCGAAGAAAAUAUCGACGACUGUCCGGGACACCAGUGCCAAAACGGAGCGACCUGUAUCGACGGCGUCAACUCUUACACGUGCCAAUGUCCGUCCACCUACACCGGCCAUUACUGCGAACAGGACGUCGACGAGUGUUCCCUGCGGCCGUCAGUAUGCCAAAAUGGCGCCACGUGCACCAACAGCGUCGGCGGUUUCUCCUGUAUCUGCGUCAACGGCUGGACCGGACCCGACUGCUCCGUAAACAUCGACGACUGCGCAGGAGCCGCCUGUUUCAACGGCGCCACCUGUAUCGACAGGGUCGGUAGUUUUUACUGCCGAUGUACCCCGGGAAAAACCGUGCAGCUGCUCGAACAGCAGACGGCUGCAGGAAAUUGA